AUGGCUCCCGUUCAGUCGACUCCCCAGACGGGCCUGGGCAAUCGCCAUCUCUUGGACAAGAUCGACAAGCUCAGAGAGCUGGGAAUUUCCAAGCAGGUCCCUCUUCCACAGCUUGUCGUCGUCGGAGACCAGUCCUCCGGAAAGUCGAGUGUUCUCGAGAGCUUGACCGGAUACUACUUCCCUCGAUCGGUCGGACUCUGCACCCGCCAUGCUACGGAGAUCGUUUGUCGUCGAGAGCCGACGACUAGCAUCGUUGUGACCAUUCAUCCUUUCGAUGCCACCGCUCGGAAGGCUGAGCUCGCCAAGUCUUUCAGACAUGUGCUUCAAGACCUCAGAGGAGGACAGUUUGCGGAAGCCUCUACUGUCAUGGGAUUGAAGUCAACCACCGAUGGUUCCUCUGAGGGCGAUGCCUUCAGCAAGGACAUCCUUCGUGUCGAGAUUUGUGGCCCAGACGAGGAGCAUCUCACGAUUAUCGACGUCCCGGGCAUCUUUGAGAACGUCCAGGAGGGCUUCUCCACGUCCAGAGACGUUGCUCUUGUCAAAUCCAUGGUGAAGGAUUACAUCAAAGAUUCCAGGACCAUCAUCCUUGCCGUGAUCCCCUGCAAUGUGGAUGUGGCUACGCAGACUAUCCUCACCUAUGCUGCCGAAGCAGACCCCGAGGGUAAGCGUACUCUGGGUGUAUUAACGAAGCCGGAUCUCGUCAGAGAGAACGCCACUCGAGAGGCGGCCAUGGACCUUAUCAGAGGCAAGCGGCGCGACAUUCAGUUGGGCUACUACGUUGUCAAGAACCGAGGCGCUGACAACACUUCAUCGAGCAAGGACGAGCGGGACUUUGAGGAGAAGUUCUUCUUCGACGAAGAACCUUGGUGCAGGCUUGACAAAUCCCGGCUUGGUGUCCCCGCACUUCGUAGCCGCCUGCGGGAGUUGCUAAUGGACAGAACCAAGAGCGAGUUUCCUAAGGUUCGGCGUGACAUCGACGAGCGCCUUGCAGAUGCGAAGAAACAGCUCGCAGCUCUUGGUCAACCAAGAAGCACCGCACAGGAACAGAGACGGUUCCUCGGCGAGAUCGUGAGCCGCUUCGUUGAACUCAAGAACUUCGGCCUGAACGCCUACUACACCGGAGACCCGCUCUUUGACAAGCACCCAGACCUGAGACUGGCCACACGUGUCCGAGAGGCUAACACAUCGUUCUCCAAAAUGUUCUUCCAGAACGCUCAUACUCGGCAAUUUGCUGAUCCUUCUGCGAGCAAAAGCGAAGGCGACGACUCGGACGAGUCAUCGGAGAAGUCUGACGAUGACGAUGACGCGAGCAGAAACGACCUUUACCCUCUCUCAUUCUCGAUCCCCUCUGACGAAUCCGGUGAACUCGAUGGAGUUCUGGCGGAGGCUUGUAAAUGCGCCAAGCCAGGAACCAGUGGCAUCAUGAAGCACCUUGAGCAGUUGUAUCUGACCUCUCGAGGCUACGAGCUGGGCACCUUCAGCAGUCACAUGCUGCCCACCGCCUUCAAAGAGCAAUCCAUCAAGUGGGAGGCCACGACUCUGGCUCAUGUGAGCAAUAUGAUUCUCAUCGUUCACCACUUCAUCUACAGUGUGGUGAAGGAAGCGUGUGUAGACGCUCAGGUCCGCGACGCACUCUGGUCCUCGAUUCUGGAUGAACUCUUGAAGCGGUACCAGGUUGCCAUGGAUCAGGCGAAGUUGCUGAUCCACGUGGAGCGGGAGGGACGAUCCAUCACUUACAAUCCCGCCUUCGACAGAGCCCUCAACCAGGUCAAGACGAUGAGAUCGGCGAGCAAGUAUGAGGACUCGAAGAUUACUGUGCAGAAUGGAGAAGAGUCCCUCGAGUGCGUCAUGUGGAAGGACCUGAAGCGAGAGACGUCUGAGGCCGAGGGCCUCAACGAGACUUGCUGCACCAUCCACGAUGUCCUGAAAAGUUACUAUGAUAUUGCCAGCGCUCGAUUUUCGGAUAUGACUUGUACCCAAGUUGUGGACUACUUUCUUCUCGGCUCCGAGGACGGCCCCCUUGGAGUCUUGUGUCCCAAUCGCAUUUUUUGCAUGACGAAUGAACAGUUGGACAUGGUAGCUGGUGAAGAUGCCGUCAGCAAGAGCCUUCGCGAAAUGCUGAAGAAUGACAUCAAGCUGUUCCAGGAUAGAAAGAAGAUCUUGCGCACUUGA